AGGACCGUUCAUACGUCCACCAUUCAAUUCGGUCAAGCUGGAUCUUCCGCCAAUUCGUCUAUUCAGUUGACACAGCUGAUCUCUCACCGGCUGGUUUUCCCGCUUCCUCUGUAGAGGGAAUGAGCAGCCCGCCGCUGUUUUCGACGUCUUACCCGUCGGCCAGUGUGCCGCCGCCGACGCAGCAUGCAGCCCCCGUGAUGAGCCGCCGCAUCCAGGUAUCAGGCGGCGAGUCCAUCGAGGUGCGCGCAACCAUGCCCCUCUCGCCACCGCCUGUCAAGGUACGUACGUGGGCAUGAACAGUAAGUACAGUUCCAAAGGGAAAGGAAUGGGUCGGUCUGAUUGAUUCCCAUUGAUGGAUUUCCUCUGUCUGUUUCCUCGGUAGGUGAGUCGCCACAGCUGUCAUGGGUGGGAGUUCGACAGCCGCAAGGGCGUCAUGUGGACGCACGGAGACCUCGACAGGUUCGUGUGGUGUUGUGUGUUGGGCGGGUCUGGUCAGAAGAGGGGUUUGUUUCGUGCUGCACUCACUGAUUUUCCUCUCAAGUUGUCCCUCCCUCUGUGCAUGUGUGUGAUGUGAUACAUAUCAGCCGUGGUCGUGCUCACACGGGUGAGAUAUCCUUCCCCGACGCCGUCUUUGGCGACAACCGGCUCACCAUCCGCCACCCAUCCCGAGGCUUCUCCAUCACUUUCGAGCCGCUCGAGGCCCUCAAGGGCUGCAAACUCACGUACGCACGGACAAACGGACAACGAGUCGAGCAAUGGGAGCUGAAGAGGUUGCCAUGCCUUCCUUGUGUGUCGUGGCCUGCAGUGACCCAUCUUGCUUCUGUGCGCCCAAGAGGGACUUUGAGCCUUCCAUUCCGAAGGUGUCUUAUGCGGAUCAGUGGCUCAAGAGGAGCCAGGCCGUCGAGUAAGGACCACACACCACACCACACCACACCACACCACACACAUCACAUGGAAACAUGGCUGUGUGGUGUGUCUGCAGGGAGUGGGCCGAGGUGAAGAAGCCCGCCAUGACUUACGACUGGACAUACUCGACACCCUACUGGGGACACAUGGAGCGGACUGAUGACGCGACGCCGGUACGCGCGCGAGAAACAUUAUCUCGGCUGCAGGCAUGUCUUUCUGUGUGUGUAUGUGUGCAGUGCGAUGAUGGGUGUAUGUCUGUGCUGCCGAUGGAUCGUCUGGUGCGGCAGGACCCCAUUGCUUGGUACGACCAGGUGGGUAAACCAACACAAUCACGAACACACAGCACAACGACACACACAUGUGUGUGCAAGUGUGCAUCCGGCCCUCUAUGUGCGUGUGUGUGUGUGCAGGUGCCGCUGUUUGAGAGCGACCUUGAUGACAAUGGCGUUUCCAGAAUGUUCGUCAAAGUGGUACGCACAGUGAAUGCAUGGAGGCGCCUUCGCACUCCAUCGGCCCACUGCCGUGUUUGUUUGCUGAUCUGUCCAUCGUCAGCGUGUGAUGCCCACUUUCUGGUUUGUGCUGCUUCGGUGCGACAUCCGUGUCGACAACGUCAUGCUCAGACAGGUAAGGCGACAGCAGAUGUGUGUGGAGAAGACACAACAAACGUGCCCUCCCUCUCCCCGUGUGUGUGGAUCAGAUCGACACGCGCGUCUUUCACGAUUUCGGCGAGGCUGAGGUGCUGCGCGAGUUCACCUGGAAAGAGGGCACCUUUGAGCAGCUCGCACAGGUGAAUCCACAGCUCCAGAAAUGUGUGAACUUGUGUAUGUGUGUACUUGUGGAUGUGUGUGUGCAUUGCAGCGUGGCUGUGACCUGGGUGCUGGGUCGCCACAUAUAUCACACGAGACCUGCGGCACACACCUCCUCACACAAGUAGGUGGCUGGGUGGGAUCGGUCGAGAAAUAUGAGAGCAAUCCCGUAUCUGCUUGACUGUGUGUGUGUGUGUGUGUGUGUCGUGUGCAGGAUGACAUCAAGUGGCGUGUGAUGCAGAGCAUCCCACUGGUGGGUCAUUCUGCCGGUGAUAUCAACGGCGGCCCAGAGCACCUCACGUCGAAGACACAGUCAAAUGGGGAGGGGGGCGGCGGCAUGCAGGACGACGAGACAAUGGCGAGUGCCGGGCGGCCGUAGGGGCGGUGCUGAGAGAGGCCUCUCUGCAGUCAUUGCUGUGCAUUAGCUUAUCCUCCUGCCCCAGACAGACAGACAUCAGACACAGGGGGUGAGUGACGUCAGCUGUGUGUCGCUGAGAUGGAUGAUUGAUAAACUGACUCAAGCAGUACUCAUAGCUGGGGCCUUCUGCGCCCGCCGCCAGAGUCGUCCUCCAUCGCCCCGUCAGUUGGUCAGAUCAACGUCGGUCGAAGAGAUGAUGGCCACAUCUGUGUUGAUCGAUGUCAUCACAGCAGCUCUUUGAGCAUCUCACAG